AUGUACAAAUUCAGGGACCAUUACCUUUGGGAGUCUAGGAAUCAGAAGAUUUUCAACCAAGAAAACCCUCAUCCUGUUAGAGUGAUACACAAGGCUGCUUCUAUAGGAGCUAGUUUCUGGGAAGCUAGCGUCAUUUUGACAAACCAGUCGCCCCCACCUCCAACCAUCAAAUGGAAUCCUGCUGCUCCUAGCUAUUUGAAGAUCAACUUUGAUGGCUCGGUUCGUUUCGAUGGAAACUGUUCGGCGGGUUAUGUUAUUAGGGAUUCAAAUGGUUCCCCUCUAUAUGCUAGCACUUGUUCUUGUGGUAUAUAUGUGCUUAUUGCUGAAGGUCAUGCUCUUCUGGACGGGAUAAUAAUUGUGCCAUUGCUCUGUGCUUUGGAGACUUACGACCAUAGUGGACAACAGCAAAGCGUGGAUUCCUCAUUUGAAAAUCAAUGUGAACAAAGCAUUUGA